AAGUUUUAAUUUUUUUUUUUUUUUUUCAUAUAGUUUUUUAUAUUCUGUUUAUGAACUAACUUUCCUAGUGGACAAUUUGCCAUAACUUAUAAUAAUUUAUAAGAUAUGAAUAUAAUUAAAAUAACAGAUUUUGUUGAAUAAUUUUUUGGUAUAUAAGUUUUCUUCAUUCUCCUCAAAUUUCUUUUAUUUAGCUCUUUUAACUCUUCUAUUAUGACUAUGUUUCAAUAUUAUCAAUCCAUAUUGUUCCUCUUCAUACACUUCUUAGGAAUGAGUUUAGCAGCCAAGUUCACGUUUGUCAACCAAUGCACCUACACCAUAUGGCCCGCCACGCUCACCGGCGCCGGCACCCCUGAACUCCCUGCUUCCGCUACCGGUUUUUCUCUUCUCCCUGGAGCCACCAAUGUCCUUAAUAUCCCAGCGUCGUGGUCGGGCCGGAUGUGGGCCCGCACCCUUUGCACCGCGAACUCAGCCGGUGGGAACUUUUCGUGUGCAACGGCCGAUUGUGGGAGCGGGUCGGUGGAGUGCUCCGGGUCGGGUGCCCGCCCACCCGCCACCCUCGCCGAGUUUACUCUGAACGGGUCGGGUGGGAUGGACUUUUAUGAUGUUAGCCUUGUAGACGGGUACAACCUACCCAUGAUGGUUCGGCCCGUGGGUGGGUCGGGUAAUUGUUCGUCCACGGGCUGCAUGGUGGACCUAAAUGGGUCAUGCCCAACAGAGCUCCAAGUUGUAACUAGCACAUAUGGGUCAAACGUUGAAGAGGUUGCAUGUAAGAGUGCGUGUGAGGCAUUUGGCGACGCACAAUACUGUUGUAGCGGACCCAAUGCAACGCCGGAUACAUGCAAGCCGAGCAAGUACUCAGAGUUCUUCAAGGCAGCUUGCCCAAGUGCUUAUAGCUAUGCAUAUGAUGAUGCGACUAGCACUUUUACUUGCAAUGGUGCUGAUUAUGUCAUCACAUUUUGUCCUACUACAACUACCACUGGUAAAUCAAGUGGGACCCAGUCACCAAAUCCAUCAGCAAUCGCACCAGAUUAUUAUCUCAUGGACUCAUCAAGCAACUAUUUGAUUCAAUCAUCAAUUGUAGGACUACUAAUAACAAUGAUUAUUUGGCUGUCAUUAUAUCAAUAAUUAUGGGCCUAUAAGUAAAUGAACCUCAAAUUAAGGUUGCAAAACUUGUCCAGAAAGCCCAAUAAAUUGAUGGUUAGCAUUUUUGAUUGAUUUAUGUUAUGGGCUUAUGGUAAUGGGAUGAGGCCCAAAGUUUAGCUGCAAAUUUAAAAGUAAACAAUGUAACAUAGAUCGAAUUAAUUUGUGCUGUCAAAGAAAAUUUUGAAUAUUGAAAUCUUUUAAUUAUUCAUUUUUGCUAGAAAAAACCCUUGAAAUUAAG